AUGGCGCAUGCAGGCGCUGCGCCGGGUCAGAUUGCCUACAACUGUGCAGUAAGUGCGUGCGAGCGCUGCGCCCAGUGGUCGCAGGCACUGCAGCUCUUGGAGGACAUGAGCCUCAAGCAAGUGCCUGUGGACACCAUCACCUUCUGUUCGGCCGUCUGUGCCUGUGGAAAGGCGAAGAAGUGGCCCCAAGUUCUUUGGCUCCUGCAGCGCAUGGAGCAACAAUCUAUAGAGAAGAACACCAUACUUUGCAGUGCUGCGGUAAAUGCAUGUGCAAAGGGCAGCCUCUGGACCAUGGCGAUGGACAUUUUGCAUUCCAUGGCUCUCGCAGGCAUCGAGAGAAACACCAUCACUUUCAAUUCUGCGAUCGCGGCUUGUGAGAAGAGUUCUGAGUGGGAGCUGGCCCUGGAGAUCUUGAGAGAAAUGGACAAAUCUCGGGUGCGCAGUGAUACGAUUUCAUGUAGCACAGCCAUCAGUGUUUGCGCAAGUACUGGCCAUUGGACGAUAGGGCUGGAUUUGCUUGCACACAUGUUUGCCCAGACCAUUCCGCCGGAUGCGAUCGCAUUCUCUGCGGCGAUCACUGCAUGUGGAAGAGGGGAAGUGUGGGAUCGUGCAUUAGUGCUCUUGCAAGAUCUUUGGUCCCUGUCCAAUGGCGUGAGCAGUAUCAGCUUUGCUGCCGCCAUAUCAGCCUGUGAGCGUACCGGGCAAUGGACUGCAGCAUGCCAGCUUCUCGAGACGUUACUGGGUACGAAUGUCGCUGUGGACGUUGUGCCUUUCAGUGCAACGAUUGCCGCUUGCUCGCGUGCGGGAGAGUGGGAAAUAGCAUUGAAUCUACUUGACCAGAUGGUGUCCAGGAGCACAGGCAAGGACACCGUGUCAUGCACAGCGGCCAUAAAGGCUUGUGCAACAUCCGCCAGCUGGAACGCUGCAUUAUGUCUUCUCGGAACGAUGCUCGCAGAACAGGUUCCUCCAGAUGUCGCCACCUACAGCGCAGUCUUAAGUGCUUGUGACCUCGGCGAGCGAUGGGAAGAGGCCCUCGUGAUCAUGCAUGACAUGGAUCGCCGAUCCGUGGCCAUAGAUGGUAUACAUGUCGGCUGCGCAAUCAGUGCCGCCUUGAAGAAGGAGGGACGAGAGGCCGCCAUCCUGUUGCUACAGGCCUUGCGCACAUCUUGGCCAGCCGUAGACCCCGGAGCAGACCCAUCGGCAGAGGUCUGCACUGGGGACAUUGAGAUCAUAUGUCAGCAUCCUGGCCUCUUGGUCCUCAACAAGCCAGCCGGUGUUCUGACCGAGGACGCGCUUUCCUGGGCGCAAGGAUGGGCUGGGUCUCGGGUGACGGCUAUGUCUCGCUUGGAUGUUCCGACCUCCGGACUGCUUCCUGUGGCACUCGGCUCGGAAGAGACGGCUUCGAGCAAGUGGUUCAAGGCGCAGUUCGCCAGCCGCCUUGUCCAAAAGGAGUACCUCUGCCUCUGCCAUGGACGCAUAGAAGCACCCGGCGAGCAGCGCGUGGAGCUGCCGUUGCGCGUGGUACCUUCGGGCCCAGGCACGUCCCGUGCGCUGGUGGAUCCACUCGGCCGUGAGGCUGUCACCUCCUACGAGAGCCGGGCCGCCUACGCCUUGGAAGGUGAGGUAUUUUCCCUGGUCUGUGCUAGGCCGAAGACAGGAAGAAUGCACCAGAUCCGCGCGCACCUGGCAAGCGUGGGUCUGCCGUUGGUGGGCGACCGGCUUUACGGGCCACGUGCACCUUCUUGGUGUCGUCGCCUGUUUCUCCACUGCCAGCAGUUAAAGCUGUUGGGCUGGCACGGUGAGGAGCUCAACAUCAUGGCGCCACUCCCUGUGGAACUCCGGCGCGUCCUCCUUCAUCUGGGUGGAACGGAACCGGAGGAGAGCGAUUGGAAAGGCCAGGAGGAAGACGCCUCCAUAACCUGA